CUUCUUCCAGAAUCAUCGCCAUCAAAGUACUGCCACUGCCAAACCCCCUUUUUUGCCUCUCCUACCUUGGUCAAGUAGCGCAGAGGUGGUGUCGUAGUCAUCGUCACUUCACUCGACAGUGACGCCAACGAACCACGGCGGGUUCAAUCUUUGAGCUUGACCCGACGCUCCUUUCCAUCAUGGCUUCACCUGUCGCGUCGACAUCGGCGACGAAGCUCCCCUCCUGGCCUCCCUCUUUGACCUCCUCACAACUCUCCUCUCUCACGGCACAAGCAACCGACUAUGCCCUCAGCCACGGACUGGUCUACCGCCCUAUCGGCAACCCACCACCUUCCACCCACGUGCACCACGCACCCAUCUCCCUCCUCCCUUCACCCUUUCCUCGCUCUGCCUUUCAGCAGGCACUCCAGAUUCAGGGCGUACUGAAUGAGUUGUACGCUAGGGUGGCAGUGGACGAUGUUUUCCUCGAGAGGGUAAUUGGCAAGAUGGUCGCGCCUGUUGAUGAUUUCACUAGGGGAUUGUGGGAGGUGUAUAGCAAAGCUAAACAGCAAGGAGUUGCACCGACCUACCACCUCGGUCUCUUCCGCUCCGACUAUCUUCUUCACGACUCCCCCUCCGCGCCUCCCACCAUUCGUCAAGUAGAGUUCAACACAAUCUCUUCCUCCUUUGGACCUCUGUGUCAAAAGGUGUCAGAGCUGCAUCGUUCAUUGCUCAUGCAGACCGACUACUACUCGUCGGCACUUGAUCAACUCCAGCUAGAUAAUCUGCCCAAGAACACUGCCUUGACCUUGCUGAGCGAUGGGCUGGCUCAAGCUCACAAGGCUUACCUGGCCGAGUCUGGCUGGAGUGGCAAGAAGGAGGAUACGCCUCGAGUCCUUUUCGUCGUGCAAGAAAAGGAGAGGAACGCCUUCGAUCAGAGGUGGCUCGAAUUCGAGCUACUAGAGAAGCACGGCAUUCGCUCAACGCGUCGCACCUUCAGCUCCCUCAUCACCUCUGCAUCUCGAGACUCCUCGUCAGGAGCCCUCCUCCUAUCUUCAGAGACGAGCACCACUCCUGUGGAAGUCUCUGUAGUCUACUACCGUUCCGGAUAUACCCCUACCGAUUAUACCACUCCCGACCACUGGGAUCUGCGCUUUCGUUUAGAAAGCACCACGGCAAUCAAGUGCCCCACUGUGGCUCUGCAGCUCGCAGGAGCCAAAAAGGUGCAACAAGUGCUCGCCGAGGAAGGUGUGCUGGAGCACUUUCUCUCUCAACGCUACCCAGCCGAGGCACUCCACUCUCUACGUCAGACCUGGGCCGAACUCUACCCCCUCGACUCUUCCCCUCUAGGCGAGCAAGGUCAGAAGCUAGCGCGAGAAGAGCCAGAGCGAUUUGUGAUGAAGCCGCAGCGCGAGGGUGGGGGGAACAACAUCUACCGCGAGGAGAUUCCCCGCGCUCUGGCCGCCAUGGAGGAGCGUGAUGCCAAGCGUCCACAGGGUACACCAAAGGAGCGCGAGGGAUACAUCCUCAUGGAGCUCAUCCUCCCGCCGCAGGGCCUGGGCAACUACCUCAUCAGGCCACCCGCCGUUGGUGCUGGUGCUGCCGCCGCUGCAGACUCAAGCAGCACUGGACAAGCGCAGGAGCAGCCCACGCGCCAUGCUGAAGGUCUUCAGGCAGCCGAGUGUCGUCUUUCCCCCGACGUCGUCUCCGAGCUAGGCAUCUACGGUGUAGCCCUCUUCCGUAGCAGCAACAGCAACAGCGCAAGCAGCAACAGCGCUUCCGGCACUGCAGGAGCAUUGGAUGAGAAGACUUACUGGAGUCUGCCGACUUCGGAAGUCGCUGCGACUUCUUCUUCUUCUUCUUCUUCGACGACGACCACUGCUACGAGGGGUGUCGAGGCGGCUUACCUCCUUAGGACAAAGGGUAGGGAGAGCGAUGAAGGCGGUGUGGCCGUGGGGUUCAGUGUGCUCGACAGUCUUGUGCUCGUCUAGAAGGGUGGCGUAGUCGCCGGUGACCUACCUGUGGUUCUUUGAGCGGCUCUGUCAUUCUUCUUGUAGAUAAAUUCGAACUCACGAUAUAUAGAAAGAUGCUUUUCAUGAUUCACCAAUAACAGCCG